UCGAAUCGAGAGAAUUCAUUCGCAGAAGUGAUUUCAAGCAGUGUUGAAGUGCUGAAAAGAGAUUUCAAUCAAUUGAAAAGUGAUUUUGUUGAAGUAUUUGAGGAGUUGAAUAAGUGAAAAAGGAAUCUAAGAAUGCAGAUCUUUGUGAAGACUCUGACUGGCAAGACCAUCACCCUUGAGGUCGAGCCCUCUGACACGAUUGAGAAUGUGAAGGCCAAGAUUCAGGAUAAGGAGGGAAUUCCCCCGGAUCAGCAGCGUCUCAUCUUUGCUGGAAAGCAGUUGGAAGAUGGACGCACUCUCUCGGAUUACAACAUCCAGAAGGAGUCAACGCUGCAUCUCGUGCUCCGUCUCCGCGGAGGCAUGCAGAUUUUCGUCAAGACGCUCACCGGAAAGACCAUUACUUUGGAAGUUGAGCCAUCUGAUACGAUUGAAAACGUGAAGGCCAAGAUCCAGGACAAGGAGGGAAUCCCACCAGAUCAGCAGCGUCUCAUCUUCGCUGGCAAACAACUCGAGGAUGGCCGUACCUUGUCUGACUACAACAUUCAGAAGGAAUCUACCCUUCAUCUUGUGCUUCGUCUGCGUGGUGGAAUGCAAAUCUUCGUCAAGACAUUGACUGGCAAGACUAUCACGCUGGAAGUUGAGCCAUCAGACACUAUUGAGAAUGUCAAAGCCAAGAUCCAGGAUAAGGAAGGCAUUCCUCCAGACCAGCAGCGUCUGAUCUUCGCUGGAAAGCAGUUGGAAGAUGGACGCACUUUGUCUGAUUACAAUAUUCAGAAGGAAUCCACGCUUCACUUGGUGUUGCGUCUCCGCGGAGGCAUGCAGAUCUUCGUCAAGACCCUCACAGGCAAAACCAUCACUCUUGAGGUGGAGCCUUCUGAUACAAUUGAGAAUGUCAAGGCUAAAAUCCAAGACAAGGAGGGAAUCCCACCAGAUCAGCAGCGUCUGAUCUUCGCCGGAAAGCAGCUUGAGGACGGACGCACACUUUCCGACUACAACAUUCAGAAGGAGUCAACUCUUCAUCUCGUGCUCCGUCUGCGUGGUGGAAUGCAGAUCUUCGUUAAAACUCUCACCGGAAAGACCAUCACCCUUGAAGUCGAGCCCUCUGACACUAUUGAAAACGUGAAGGCGAAAAUUCAGGACAAGGAAGGCAUUCCUCCAGACCAGCAACGUCUUAUCUUUGCUGGCAAACAGCUCGAGGAUGGCCGCACUCUCUCAGAUUACAACAUCCAGAAGGAGUCCACACUUCACUUGGUGUUGCGUCUCCGAGGUGGCAUGCAGAUCUUCGUGAAGACAUUGACUGGAAAGACCAUUACUUUGGAAGUUGAGCCCUCAGACACCAUCGAAAAUGUCAAGGCUAAAAUUCAGGAUAAGGAGGGAAUCCCACCAGAUCAGCAGCGUCUGAUCUUCGCCGGCAAACAACUCGAGGAUGGCCGUACCUUGUCUGACUACAACAUUCAGAAGGAAUCUACCCUUCAUCUCGUGCUCCGUCUCCGCGGAGGCAUGCAGAUUUUCGUCAAGACGCUCACCGGAAAGACCAUCACUCUUGAGGUGGAGCCUUCUGACACCAUUGAGAAUGUCAAAGCCAAGAUCCAAGAUAAGGAAGGCAUUCCUCCAGACCAGCAGCGUCUGAUCUUUGCCGGAAAGCAGUUGGAAGAUGGCCGCACCCUCUCAGACUAUAACAUCCAGAAGGAGUCCACCCUUCACUUGGUGUUGCGUCUCCGAGGUGGCAUGCAGAUCUUCGUCAAAACUCUCACAGGCAAAACAAUUACAUUGGAAGUUGAGCCCUCAGAUACGAUUGAGAACGUGAAGGCCAAGAUUCAGGAUAAGGAGGGAAUCCCACCAGACCAGCAGCGUCUCAUUUUUGCCGGCAAACAACUCGAGGAUGGCCGUACCUUGUCGGACUACAAUAUCCAGAAGGAGUCCACACUUCAUCUUGUGCUUCGUCUUCGUGGUGGAAAUUGAGCAGCAAAAUCUCACUGUACUUUUGAUGCUUCUAACAUUUGGUGAAAUCCUGCGAUGAAGCCCAAUGUUCAGCAUAAUAUACUUUCCAUGGAAAACAAAAUUUGUAGUGAUUCUCUGACAAAGUAGUGAAAAGAAAUUUCCUUGAAAUAAAAUACAUUUUUGAAGCUUA